AUGGCGGAUAAUACAAGUACUUCAUCCUUUCCAAACACAAUUGAAAUUAAAACACUUCUAGGUCAAUCCGUGAUGCUAGAUUUAGAGUCAUCAGGAUCCUUUAAAACAAUUGAAGCUUUAAAAAUUGCAUCCAUGGAAAAAUUCAAAAUUCCAUCUAGCGAGUCUAUCCAUUAUUCAUUGCUCAUGAACACAACCAAAAUUGAAGACCAAACAGAAAUGAACGAAUGGAUCUCUGCAAAUAGAGGUAGCUUUAAAGGUUAUCUCACUCUGGUUAAAUCAGAUUCAGUAUUUUCAAAGGCCUGGUUUUGGAUUGGAGUUCAAGGCCUUUCUUCUAUCACCCUCACGCUUGCUAACAAGUACUUGUCCAUGAAGUUUACCUCUCCACUUGUGAUUAUUACUUUACAGAAUAUUUUCAGUGUAUUUUUCUUUUUCUUUGUUUUAUUGACUUGGACUUCUCUUGAGGGUUUAAGAAUUGUCAGCGUUCCGUUGGUAACAGUCACCAGAAAUUUGGUUCCCUUAUUAACAGCCCUUAUCGAAACCUUAUUUUUCGGAUAUCAAACUAACAAUGUAAUUCGAUUAUCAUUACUUUCAGUGUUUAUUGGAAGCGUGUUUUAUAGCUUUACAGAUUUCACCCUUAAAUGGAAUGGAUUUCAUUGGGUCAUCUUAAACACUGCCUGUUCUGUGAUAAUUCCUAUUGCCGAAAAGAGGCUUUUAAACAAUUGGCUUCCAAACCAAACUCCAACAGGAAUGAAUUUUGCAAGAAAUUUCCUCUCAAUUCCCAUGCUAAUAUGCAUUUCCUUGAUGAAGGAAAAUUUAGAUGAUGUUUAUGCCAUGUUUGAGUCAUUUGAUUCUGGUGAUUGGCUUUCCCUUGUGAUCACAUCAUGUUUCGGAUUCUCUAUUGGACUUGCUUACUUCUUCCUUCUUAAACUUGUUUCAAAUACUUCCAUUUCUAUUGCUAAUGCCUCUUACAAAUUAUUGACACUUCUAGUCAGCUUUUUAUUCUUUGGUGUAACCUUCACUGCCUUUGGUUGGAUUGGCGUCUUUUUAAGCUUUGCAGGUGUAUUUGCCUUCAGUUAUGAAUCUAGCAAGCCUAAACCAGCUAGCAAAUAG